AUGACUUCCAUUCUACGUUUGAAUAAAGACCGCUCUUCCUUCCUAUUCAGAAGGUCCGGCACCAAUGGCGGUGUCAACAAAGGCAAGCCCGAGCUCAUAUUGCCCGACAUUUCACGAAUCGAUGCUCAGUCGUUCUCAGACUUGUUCGACCAAUUUACCAACUAUCCUAGUCCAGAUGAACGAGCAGCACAACUCCUAGAAUCUGCAAACGCAGCGUUUUCGGUCUCUGCUAUACCAGGUUCCGCCAGAACAGAUUUGCGGUCACAGGCCUUGACAAACCAGAAGGCUUAUGGGCAUCAGUACAGCAACCUCCAUCUCGACAUCGUCCGGAACGACUCUACAGGCUCUUCCAGGUAUUCUCAAACCAGCCAACGGGAGAGUGACUUCUCUCCUCUGGUGACCAGACAGUCUUCAAGCUCAAGCUAUUCGCCCUGCCCUGAGCCGUGGGCCGAAGCCUCCCAAGCUCCAGCAACCAAGAAACGGCCGUCAAUCCGAAUCGUAAAAUCGAACCAACAAUUUUCUUCUCGCACCAGCAGUGGCUCCCACGAAGGCACCAAUCGUUCGAGAUCGAAAGCGCAGGUGCCACCUGUCAGUCCCGCCCUUCCAUCACCGUUAAAUCUUGACAAACCACUCCCUCCAGGUCCAGAUGAGACGAAGGUUGCGUCAUUAUCUGCACCAAAUCUACUUCUCAGCCACUCUAGCCAGCCCGUCAAAUCAGUGGGUCGACAAAGUCAAAAGUCACCACCAACGCCCAAACUCUCUCAGCAAACAUUUUCUCAUCCCGAGCGAACCACUUCUAUCAGGCGUGCCUCGACCGGGCAGUCGAUAUUGGAAUUGCCAGCCUGGACACCUAAGGCUAUCCGAGACGCACAGCGAGGCAAGGCAGCAGCACCCAACCACAGGAGGAAACGCUCCGCUUCGGAAAAUGUAGGCCUUCGAAAUACUACUCCUGCACUUCAGAAACGCCACACGAUGAACAUUGCACCUUCUUCCAUUCCGAUGUCAAAAUCCUUACAGGUUACUAGACGUCACCAGAGACAGUCACGAAGCCUAAUAUCGGCUACCACGGCGGAAAGUGUCAUCCACAGGAUCAUGAGCAAUUUGGACGACCUGGACGACCUAGCCUCCGCAGCAAUGGUUAGUAAGGGUUUCUUGAGGACAUUUCAGCGAAACGAAUCCAGCCUAGUCAGCCAUAUCAUCGCUAAAUCAUCGCGUCCUGCUUGGGAGCUCCGACGGAGCAUCUUAGCUCAAGAGGGCUCUGACAUUUUCACUUUGAAGGAUUUCAUGAAUGACUUCAAGACCCUUGCGACUGUUCGAGACCAUGCUCUCCAGCAGCACGCAUCAUCUUUUAAGCCGGCCACACUCGAGGGUUUGCUUGGACGCAGUGAGCAGAGAAGGGCUGAUAUUCAGAAUGCAUUCCUACGCAUCUGGACAUUUUGUGUCCUGUUUGGCAAUCAAGCGAAUGCGAUUCAGGCACAAGUUGAUUGGCUGAAUGGCACCCGAGCCGCGAAGAACAAGAAACGUGGACCAGGCUUCGGAAUUGGGAACGAUAAUGGCCUGAGCAUCGCCGAACUCGAAGAUAUCAAUGAAUUGUGGCAUUCCCUACAAAGUCUUCUUAGUGGUUUCCAUGGACGAGAGCAAGAAGCCAGACAAUUCGGUGUCUUCGACAACUGGGAAGUGGGCCAAAACACUUCAGAGCAGGAGCACCUGAAUGAGUGGAUUGCCUAUCUCGUAACACUUGGACCGCAGACCGUGCUUUCCGUUUCUUCUUGCUUGUUCGAACAAGCGAAUAUGCUGGGUCUCACGACGAAUUGGCCUGUGCCUCCUCCAGGACAGAGUCGGACUACUUUCCUUCUGACAGCCAUCUCGAGAGUUUAUCAAGACCGAGUGAUGGAAGAGGCCGCGCUGAAAGCUGCCAAAUUUUCCAUGCCAAGAGUUCCUUCUCACAGACCAACAAGAUCAUUCGAUGAGACACUAAACACUGCUCCCUCCAACUCGGGGACGGUGAUACUUGGCCACUCGUUGCGGAUCGACACUUCGAUGAAUAAGAGAAGACCAGUUUCAACUAUGAUUACGGCAAAUACCAGUCUCGAGAUUCGUCCCGAUUGUGAUCCCCAAAAUCUCGCUCCUGGGCCUGCUAACCUCCUACCCACAUCUCCUUCAGCGGAUCCAUCGGCUUUCUAUGGAUUAGCCACUGCGCCAACUGUAAGUGCAAAGCUUGGGGCCACGCUAUUUCCUAUGCACUAUGCAGUUCCAGGGCCGAAAGUACCUUUCCAACAACCAGAACGCGCUGCGAUGACAAAUUUUGAAGUGAUUGAUCCUGUCGAUAAAGCCAUGAAUAUACUUGUCAAAGAACUGGGGUUUGAAGAGACACGAGCGAGGAAAGCACUCGCCAUGUGUGAUAGCGGCUCCGGUAUCGACUUGGAGAAAGCUGUUGAGUUAUUAGCUGUUGAUGCAAAAGCUGUAACCCGACGUCCAGUUUCUCCAGUGGAGUUACCCACACCACAAGAUCUCAUCAGCCCGAAAGCAGCUAGAAAGAAUACCAAAGCUUACUGUAGCGGAUCUUGCAAGACUGGGAAUACAACACCUCAUUCAAGGCAUAGAUCGACAGGAAGUGCCUCUAUUGCCUCAGUCAGCCCAAUGUCGAUUAAAGAAGAGACCCAAUGGCCCAGUACAGUGGCGACUUUGUCGACUGAUAUGGAGACUGCAGUACGCACGAAAAAUGUAAGCUUCAAGGCAUGGAGAGUUCUUGCUAGAACAGAUGUACCGAAGAGAAGGAAUUCUGUUCUCGCAAUCGAAGAAUACCAGGCCAAGGUUGAGAGGAAGAAGAGCUUGCGGGCAACCAAAGUGGUUCCAGCCCCGAAGGUCAAAGAAGGAUUGAGCAAGAACUUGCUUGGUAUGGGUCUUGGAAUCGGCAGCUCCGUUGUCGCAAAGAACGCAGAAUCGCAACUGGAACACGCCCGAGCGAGGGAGAGGCUGAAGAAAGAACGGCCCGGGACGUUUUACCGGCCCCGGAACAACGCCAGUGCUCCGCUACUCGAUCGUGUGUGA